AUGUUACUUAAAUUAUACCUCACAUUAGCUGCGGUUUCCUUUAUAAACACUGAAAUGGUAGUACCAGGGAUCGAGAGGACUUUGAGUGAGGGUGUCACAAGCAUGGGUUAUAAAGUAGUAUAUGGAGACGAAGAUUUAGAUGUUAUAAAUGAAGUAGUAAGUGAUUCGGAGAAGCUGGAAACAUUUAAAAAGAACACAGAGCUCAAUAAACACUUGCCUCCACUGCCAUCGAUAGAUGUUAAGUGCUUAAUGUCAGUUGACAGAUAUUGUUCCAAAGAUAUGGGAGAAAUGAAAAGUAUUUUAAUACAAGCCCUCAAGGAUGACUGCGCGAAAUGCAGUCAGAAACAGAAAGAGAGAGCAGGGAAGAUUGUAGCAGCGAUGAUGGCUCACGACCCUGUCGCUUGGAAGCAGUUCCUUACAAGGUCAGCUCUGGAAAUCUUGCCGAAAAAAACGCCACCAAAAGAAGUUAAACAUAUUUUUAAGCAAGUAGGAGAACCAGAAUAUAUAGAAAACUCGAAACAUAGAUAUACGACGCCCGGAGUGAAAACAAUUUCUGUAAAAGGUCAAAGAGAUGAUCAGAAUUAUACAAACAGGCUGAUAUAUAAUGACGGCAAUUUGAUGGUUCUUAACGAAGUAGUAUUAAAUAAAGAGUGUCUUGCCGAAUGGAAUGAUGACAUAGACCAAAAUAAAUUUAUACCUCCGAUAGGAGUCAAACAAAUAAAGUGUUUGAUGUCUGUUGAUCGACAUUGUACCAAGUCCAUGGCUCAUGUUAAAGGUAUCCUCAUAAAGGCUUUGAAGGAUGGGUGUGAGAAAUGUUCAAUAAAGGAAAACGAAAGUGUUGGAAAGAUAGUAGCAUCAAUGUGGGCUUACGAUACUAAUACUUGGAAAAUGUUUUUAACCAAAUACAACGGCAUGGAUAUAAUACAAAGAAUAUUUGGAUAA